AUGAGUCAUCGAGUGGACGGUCCGGAGCGGCGCUCAUUCGUGUUUCACGAGGUGCCACAACUUCGCUCCGAUUUUGAUCCAGUGAUCCAGCCAGGACAAGAAAGCGCGGCGAAUCGACUACUGGGAAGAGAUGGGCAAGAACAGAACACUGACGAACGGACUCGAGCCAGCGUGUCUCAACACCAAUUUCGUCCCAAUGACAGCUUCGUAUAUUCGGAUGACGGGCAGUCACGUUCUCUGCCACCAGACGAGACUACCAACAAGCAUUCGGCACAAGUAGGCGCCCGUAGUGUUCCCUUCUCAGAAAAGGUCAACGCACCUGUAUACUGGAAAGGAAAUACGCCGUGGGCUUUGACUUGGGAAUUUCUUGGAAUAGUCGUUUCGAUAUGCUUUCUUAUACUUGGCGCAUUUGUUGUACACCUAAAAGAUCAACAGGAAAGUGAUUGGUCAAUCAAAGUGCUCUCGGCUACACGAAUCGCACCAACCUUAUGGCCGAUUUUCUUCUCUGGUGUAUUGGGAAAUGCGAUUCGUGCACUUGCCGACUGGCGCGUUGAACGUGGAAUCGACCUACUGGCUUUGGAACAGCUAAUGGGCUCUUUAACGCUUGCUGGUUCCGUCAUUACUGUUUUUAAAUGGUCAAUCUUGAGGAUCUCAAGUAUAGUUCUACUAUUACUAUGGGCUUUCAACCCUCUCGGGUCUCAAUCGUCGUUUCGGGGGAUUUACUUGAGAGACCGAGAGGGAUCCAGACCGGGAAAUAUUGCCUACUACAACUACAAUCUCAGCUCACAGGUACAGUUGAACUCGAUCUUCGACACCCAAACACGCGUCAGGCCCAGACUUCGCGCUCUAUAUUCCUCAGCUCUUUACGACGUCGCAUCCGCUACUCAGUAUGUCGACAAAACGAACAAAACGUACCAAGAUAUUGUUAUCACGCUCGGAGGAGAAAGCUCAGCUGGGGUGCAAGCAGCUACUGAUCUAUGGGGCAACAUACGGAUACCUAACCUACACAGUCUUCCCGAAUUCGAUGCGAAUGAGCCACAUCGUUGGGUAAAUGUGCCCUGGCAGGAUUCAGUACACAACUACUCCAGUCUUGUCGGCGAACAUUUUGCUGGCCUGGAGCGAAAUUUCACUGGCAACACAACGUUCAAUACAACCGCAAACUAUCUGACGUUCUCAUGCUCUCCUUGGUUGAAUAUCAACGGCAUGAAUGAGUCAUAUGAAUGGGUCUUUAACAAGUUUCAGAAAAACUUUUCUGAGCUGAUAAGUCCCCGUGGCACGAACGGUAAUAAUAACUUCUUUCUGGAGUUCUCCGAAAAACAAGUAUGGAAUGAUACCACUCAAAGUCACGACAUUAUGUUCGUGACGAGACGCGGCCCGCCCGCCUAUCUGUCCAUCACACAAUGCUCACCUCAGAUGACAUACGUCGACGCUCAAGUGUCCUGCAUAUCAAAAGGGGCUUCGGGGAAAACCGAUUGUGGUGUCAACGCAGUACGGGAGACGCUCACAACCACUAACCCCAAAAACCUUACCAUUUUCGAGUACCGAACGUAUCGCUGGCCAAAUACGACCUUAGAAAUGCGUCCAUCGACACCCACUGAUCUCAUGCACGCAUUCAUGGAUCUAGUCGAUGAUAACAAGUAUGGAUCUGGCGCAUCUGGUGUAGUGGAAUGGUAUCUCAGAGACCCGCUUAUUGCAGCCAACGAUCCCGGGACAAAUGCGUAUGGGACAUCAGCGUAUGCAAACUUGGGCGAUGUCGAUAUCAAGGUUUUUGAGCAAAGAUUCUCACUGCUGUGGAACACGCUGUGGAAAGUCAGCACUCAGCAUGCAACGAUCAACGGUGGAGGUCUCACGCCGUCCCCUUAUAACGAUACUUCGCUUCAUCUCAAUACUACGUCAACGAUUGUAUUUCCGUUACCGGCCACUUACGCUCUGGACAUCCCAUGGAUUGUAAUCUAUUUUGUAUCCGUGGUGAUCAUGUUUUUCGCGGCAGUCUUCUCUUUGGUUAUGCAUUACCGCUGUCAUGCACCUCGAAUCUUGGGUUAUGUCAGCAGCCAAAUAAGAGACUCGAGAUAUUUCCACGACCGCGAGAUACAAGGAAAUAGUGCAGCAGAUGGAACGGGUAUGACAAGGCGAUUAGGGCACCUGAAAGUUAUGAUUGCAGAUACCAAGACGGAUGAAGAUGUGGGUAAGAUCGCUUUCGUACCGGCACAUGCCGAGAGCAGAGUGAGAAGGAGGAGAUGGUAUCAAUAA